AUGGCGACAGACUGGAGUGUCUGGCAGGGGUAUACACUAACUUUAAUAGUUUUCCUAUGGUGUACGGUGGGCACAGGAGCUGAGACGGGGGUCCCGGAGACUGGUAGUCCCACCCGGAUCUUCGGCAUGCGGCUGGAGAGGAGUGACAAGCCGGCCACGACCACCAAUGACGGGGUGAUUCAGGUAACAGAAGAGAGCAACAUCUUCCUGAGGUUCUACGGGCUGCAGAUUCUUCCUGACACCUCGUCACAGAUCAGAUUCACCGACCAUGAACAUGAGGAAGGUGAUGUUACCAGCAACAAUGCUCCUUUUAACAGGACUUGUGCCGACUAUAGCAAAGAUAUCGUUAUCAGGGGUGGCAUGAACGUGAGCCACCUCCGAACCUGGGGGGUUCUGAGUUUGAAAAUCAAGCCUCUCCGGAAGAGCGAGCCCCAGAAGGAGUAUGGGCUAUGCGUCCGGGAAAGCCAGGAUGGCAAGUGGUACCUGUUGGGUGAGGAUGACGGGAGGCUGCGGGUGGUGGAGGAGAAGAAGUCCAUGCUUCCUAUGUGGUUCCAGCGCAUCCUCAUCUGCUGCCUGCUGGUACUGUCAGGUAUGUUCAGCGGGCUUAACCUGGGACUCAUGGCCCUGGAUCCUAUGGAGCUCCGGAUAGUCCAGAGCUGCGGUACCGAGAAGGAGAAGAGGUAUGCCAGCAAGAUCGAGCCCAUUCGGAGGAAAGGGAACUAUCUGCUAUGCUCGUUGCUCCUGGGUAAUGUGCUUGUCAACACAACGCUCACUAUCCUUCUGGAGGACUUGAUAGGGUCAGGCCUGGGUGCUGUGGUCGCCUCCACUAUAAGUAUUGUCAUAUUUGGGGAGAUUGUGCCCCAGGCUCUGUGCUCUCGUCACGGGUUGGCUGUAGGAGCUAACACCAUCACGGCGACCAAGUUCUUCAUGUUGGUCACCUUCCCCCUGUCAUGGCCCAUCAGUAAACUCCUGGACUGUGUCCUGGGCUAGGAGAUCGGUACUGUGUACAACCGGGAGAAACUAGUGGAGAUGCUGAGAGUAACGGAACCAUACAAUGACCUGGUCAAAGAGGAGCUAAACAUGAUCCAAGGUGCGCUCGAGCUCAGGACCAAAACCGUUCAAGAUGUCAUGACACCGAUCAGUAACUCCUUCAUGAUCCACAGCGACGCCGUGCUGGACUUCAACACCAUGUCAGAGAUCAUGGAGAGCGGGUACACGCGCAUACCAGUGUUCGAGCACGAGCGGUCGAACAUUGUGGAUAUCAUGUUCGUCAAGGACUUUGUUGACCCGGAUGACUGUACGACGCUGAAGACUAUCACCAAGUUCUACAACCACCCGGUCCACUUCGUGUUCCAUGACACCAAGUUGGAUUCCAUGUUGGAGGAGUUCAAGAAAGGUUUGUUUGGAUACGGGGGCUGA